AUGUCCUGGCAAGCAUACGUCGAUAACAACCUCGUCGGCACCGGCAAGGUCGCCAAGGCUGCCAUCUUUGGCUUGGACGGCAGCCUCUGGGCCACCAGCGCCGACUUCUCGGUCAGCGCUGACGAGGCCAAGAAGCUAAUUGCUGCCUUCAACGAUGUCAGCGACAUUGCUGCCCACGGUCUCCACCUUACGGGCAUCAAGUACGUCUUCUUGAGAAACCCCGAUCAAAGCAUUUACGCUCGCAGUGGUGCCACCGGUAUCACUGCCGUCAAGACCAAGCAGUGUGUCCUCAUCGGUUACUACGCCGAUGGCCAGCAGGCUGGUGACUGCAACACCGUCGUCGAGGGCUUGGGCGCCUACCUCAGCGGUCAAGGCUACUAA